AUGUCUCCCUCACCCAGCUUGGAGGCCAAGAUCGUCGUCCUCGGUUCACAAUCGGUCGGCAAGACAUCGUUGGUCCAUCGCUAUGUCCAGAACGCCUGGAUUGACCCACGCAAGGUGCAGUCCACCGUGGGAGCAUCCUUCUUGACUUCCAAAGUCCACGAUCCCGAGAGCGGCACCACCAUCCGUCUCCAGAUGUGGGACACUGCCGGCCAAGAGCGCUUCCGAUCCAUCUCACGCCUGUACUACCGCGGUGCGCACGCCGCCAUCCUCUGCUAUGAUAUCACCAGUAAGAAGAGCUUCGAGGAGAUGGGCAUGUGGUUACAGGAGUUGCGUGAUAACUGCGGAGGUGGUCAGGGCAACGAGCCUCACGAUAUGAUCCUCCACGUGGUGGGCACAAAGGCGGACGUCGUCGCGGCAGAUCCGCCAGCGAGGGAGGUCCCGUUCGAGCGAUGUAUCAAUUACGUCGCGGAGCAGCUCUAUCCGAACGAUGCUGCGAUGUCCACAGGGACAAAAGGGGACCAUCACGCUCCAUAUGCGACCCACUCAACAACCUCUUCGACUCGGCCCCGGACACAGUCGUCCACUGUUGCGGCCCACCUCCGCGAUAACCACACCGCCGACCAAGUUUGGGAUUGCUGUCACGAGGUCUCUGCAAAGACCGGGGAGGGCGUGGACGAGAUUUUCCGCGUCGUGGUCCGCAAGCUGGUCGACCAGCACCUGGCACGACUAAUCUACGCCCAAAGCCUACAACGCCGCGGCCGGACCGACGAACGUGCCUAUGACAUGAUGACCCCCGGUCUGCCCACCGGCGGCGGCCGCGGGGCUGCCAACGGCUCGAUCGAACAUGCGCUCGGCAACGGCCACAAUGGUAGCUUCCGGAUCGGUCACGGCGAUAAGAGGAGGAGUUGGCUGGGCGCGCUGGGGGCGGGGAUGCCGACGCCUGGAGGCAUGACGGCUUACACGACCGACGACGAUUUCGAUGAGCAGCAGGCGGCCAUCUGGCAACAGCAGCAGAUGAAGAAUGCAAAGGGCGGGAGAUGUUGUUGA